UGCUGACGAGACGAGAGCGUGGAGAGCAGAUAGAAACCCGCCCAGAACCACGCAAAGCGCAGCAUCGCGGCGCGCUUUAUAAACGCCGAUGGGUGAAGAAGAAAAAAUAGUCCUUGCCAGGAAUCACCAAAAAGACAGAUGGGUUGGAAUUUUUGAAGAAAAUGCACAGAUGAGAAAACAGUCCUGCACUCGACUCUGUUGGCUUUCAUACAAGAGGUCAUCCAUACUAAUAUUUUGCAAAUUGCUGCUGGAACAACUUUGUGCCAUUUGGUAACGGAGCAUCUUGUACAGGAGCUCACUAGUCCUGGGAUUCUUCAGCCAGUAGCAAAUUGGCAUGGAAGUAACAGGUUUAAAUCAGUAACACAGGAAGGAGAGAAGAAGGAGCAUGUCUGAAGUCAGCCAGAACUCUGACGAGGAGGUAUGUCCCGAGGACAUCGACGAAGAUGAAAUCCUCGCGAAUCUGUCGCCCGAAGAGCUCAGGGAGCUACAGUGCGAAAUGGAGGUGAUGGCUCCGGACCCGAAGGUCCCCGUUGGGAUGAUACAGAAAGACCAGACUGAGAAACCGCCGACGGGGAGCUUCGACCACCGGUCGCUCGUCGACUACCUGUACUGGCAGAAGGCGUCCCGGCGCAUGCUCGAGGACGAGAGAGUUCCCGUCACCCUCCUGCCCUCUGAGAGAAACACUGCAGAGGAGGCUGGAGAAAACGCUGGUGACGCCGGCAGCGCUGCUGGCAGGAGCGGGCCAGAAGCGGAGGGAAAAGACAGGCAUUACCAAAAUGAGCACUUGUCACAUUCACCAGCACAAUCUGGAGAGCCAAGCAAAGAUGGGAGUGAUAAGGAGACAGAGGAAGAGGAAGAUGAGGAGGAGGAGGAGGAAGAGGAAGAUGAGGAGGAGGAGGAGGAAGAGUGCGAUGAGAAUGAAUUGGAAACAACAGAGACUUAUGCCAAUGAGAACAGUCACAGAGAUCAGAUAAGUAAGAAACUAGGUACAGAAUCAGGGGAAAUCACAGAAAAGCAAGAUGAAAAUGAAAAGAAAAUAUCAAAAUUAAAUAUCCCCAAAAAGUUAGCACUAGAUACUAGCUUCAUAAAGCUAAGUGCCAGACCCUCAGGAAAUCAAACCAAUUUAGAAGAGAGUUUGGAGAAAGUCCGAAAAAACAAUCCGGACGUGAAAGAGCUCAACCUGAACAACAUAGAAAACAUCCCCAAAGAAAUGCUGAUAGACUUUGUAAACGCGAUGAGAAAGAACAAGAACAUAAAAACGUUCAGCCUAGCCAACGUGGGAGCCGACGACAACGUUGCCUUUGCGCUGGCCAACAUGUUACGUGAAAACAGGAGCAUCACGACUUUAAACAUUGACUCCAAUUUCAUCUCGGGCAAAGGCAUCGUUGCCAUCAUGAGGUGCCUGCAGUACAACGAGACCCUGACGGAGCUGCGCUUCCACAACCAGCGCAGCAUGCUGGGCCACCAGGCCGAGAUGGAGAUCGCCCGGCUGCUGAAGGCCAACCCCACCCUGCUGAAGAUGGGCUACCACUUCGAGCUGCCGGGGCCCCGCAUGGUGGUCAGGAACCUGGACAAACAGCGACAGAAGAGACACCAGGAGCAACAGCAGCAGCAGAUGAAAGAGCAGAGAGAGCUAAUAGCGAUGCUGGAAAACGGACUUGGGCUGCCUCCUGGGAUGUGGGAAAGGCUGGGGGGACCAAUCCCUCGGCCGGGGGCGCACGAACCACCGCCAGCGCCGAAGCCGCCCGUCCCCACCUCUGCGUCUCUGAGCAAGAGAAAGGAGAGCGCGAGGCAGCCGGCCCCCGAGCAGCCGCCCCGACAGCAGCCCGUCAGCUUCCAGGUGGUCAAGCUCAAGAAGAUUCAGCGCAAACCCACCGUGCCCAAGUACGUGGAGCCUGCGGAGAAAACCAACCUCAAGGACGUCAUCAAAACCCUUAAACCGAUCCCCAGGAGAAGGCCACCUCCCCUCGUCGAAAUAACCCCGAGAGAUCAGCUACUAAACGACAUUCGUCAGAGUAACGUUGCUUAUCUUAAACCGGUGCCAUUGCCGAAGCAGUUAGAGUAAGAGACCAGACGGACCUGAAGAAAACAACUUGGAAUAAGGACUGUGCAAGUUUUGCUUACAAUUGUUUCACCAGAUGUCUUCUUCAGAAGCCAGGUGGUAUAUAUGUCUCUUUGGGAACAAAGCUUGCGAUGUGCACUUUCUGAAGUGUGAUGAAAAAGGCUGGCCUGGGAGAAGUCAAUGUUAAGGGUUUCCACCAGCUAGCAAACAAUCACGGUGCCAUCUGUCUGCCAAACGGAUCUGAGGCUCCAGUUUGCUACGGGAGUUAUUUUCUCAGAGGCAUCAAUAACCUUAAGUCUGUACGGUUUGUCAGUAAACAACUCUGCUUCCAUGUUGUCCUUCUGCUGUCACAUUCUCCAGGAACAUGUUGUGCUUUAUCUUAUCUUUCUUUCCACAACAUGCUCCUUGCUUUAUUCUCCUGUCCAUGAGAAAUGCAUUUGGUUUCCGUGUAAACAGCUUUAUUUUUUUUAGGCUGAGGAAACAGAAAUGCAAUAAAAGCUCUCUCCGUAAGGUGGGUGCAGCACUUCCAUGGCUAACAGGUUUACAGAACAGAAUGACUACUGUCUCUAGAGCCAAGAAGAAAAAUUCAAGGCAUGGGACAUUGAACAUAAAGGCUUGAUGGUUUCAAGCUACAUGUAUUACAGAACGUAGUCUAGCUGGUAUUGUACUUGGUCAGUAUAUAAAGGAUGACGCCAUGAUCUGUUUUGAGAGCUGUAAUCUUCAUUCCCCAUGAUGCAUCUGUCUUUGAUAUAACUCUUAAUCCUUUCUCCAGCUCCAUGUUACAACCACCUCAGAAUGAAUCUAAAUGCCAGCUCAGAGCACGCUCUACAUUACUCCUUAACCGGCUGGAGGAUGAGCCUUAUCCCCCUUUUUUGUCACGAGUUUCAUAAGCUAAUUAUGCCUUCCAGCGGGGGGUGCGAAUAGCAUGUCUUGCCCCUAGCAAUGGUGAGAGACAGGCAGGAGAUGACGGCGUUAACCAUUUUACUACAGCUAACUGUCUUCCAUCACAUUUUCUUUUUGCUUAGUAUUGUGAAUUAUUUUUGGCUCUCUUUUAAUUGCAUUAAAAAUUUUUGCUGCAAGACUCCGUUCUAAAGUAAUUAUAGAAAUGCCACACUCCUGUGGAAUACAUCUAAAGGGAUCAUAAUUUUUUUUUUUUUUUAGUAAUUUAAAGCUGUAUGGCAUAGUCUCAUGUUCUGUGUUGCUUUGCCUCCCAGCAAAACCUUUCCCUUAACUAGUGUGCAUCUCUCCUGCCUUCAUGUCGCUGAUACGUGCUCUUAACGUGCUCAGCUCUGCAGCUCACUGCAGGAUUGCCUUCAGAUGCGUGUCUCCUUGUUGCUCCUUCCUACCCCUCUUAGCCACCUUCCUCGAGGAGCUAAAUCUCUGUCUUGUUUAGGUCUAAUGUGUAUUGCACGCUCCUCUCCCUGCCCCAGUAUUUUUGGUUUCAGUAUGUUGCCUUCAUUCCUGUUCUAUCAGUAACGUUCAGGACUUCUUCGAAUCCGCGACUCUCUGCUAUCUUUAGCUCAAGCUUGUCCUUUUUGUGUCUGUUACUUGGUCUCUUUCAAAUCCCUCACUAUAGCAUCUUCCUCCAAACUUUUAAAGUUCUCUCUCUGCUGUAUGUCUGUCUGCAACUUUAAUGCUGCAGGCGUGGGAAACCUGGCUGAGGGAUUGCCUAAGACUGAGCAAGCAGUUUUUAAGCCAUGACAGCACCACGUAAGGGGGAGGGGAAAGCUGCUUCAGGAUAGCAGAGACAUGAAAAGAAAAUACCACUUUCCCUGCACCUCUGCUUCUUACAGACCUGUCUUUUGUAAAGGAUAGGAAGUGGAAAACAGGACAGACUGGUCCCGUUAAGAAGGGGAAGUGACCUGGUGCUUUUAAACAGCUUCUCCUGUGGAGCCUUGCAACAAGUGAAGGGGGUGCAAAAAAGCAGCUAGCCCAGGGCACUGUUAGAGCACACUCUCUCCAUACUGGCUUCCGUGUUAGGCUUGCAUAGCUAAGAAGUAGCAAAGAAGUAGCAGGGACAAGGCAGUAGAGAGGAAAAUAAAAUAAUGUUUUAGGAUUGCCAAAUGAAGCAGCCAAGUGCAAAUCAGUGCUCCACCCAGAAGGAGUCAAGGAGCAGUGCCUAUGCAGUGCCUUCAGCAGUGGCAAGCACUGCAAGGGUAUUUAGAGCAGGACAUGUCAAGCCCCAGUUCAAUACAUAUUCUUGUAUUGAGCAGGCUCUUAACAAUUAUAGAAGGAGGAAGAGAGCCUGAUAUAGAGUCCACACCAGUAGCUUGACUGCAACGUUUACUUCCUAGCUGCAUUCAAGGCACAACUCCCAGUCAUCCUAAAAGCGCAGAGAACUACCUCUUAGAUACUUAAUGGGGAUUUUAUUUUAAUGAAGGUAGAAUUAUAUAAGACUGAAACAGCAUGAACCAGUGCUCAAAUACUCCACUUCUGGGGAGAAGCCAUUGUAUGGGUGCAGAAGUUAUGCAGCAAUGUUCCUGCAGCUCAGAGGCCUCUCAUACUUCACUGAAAUUAUUCCAGACAUGGAGCACUCGAAACCAGGAUGUCACUACAAGCAAAAGUAUCUAUAGGAUGACUAUACAUCUAACACAAUAGGCACUUCUACCAACAGCGGGAACUGAACACGCAAGCUUCAGUGUAUGGUCUCUUUUUACAACCUGAAAUAAAUGCACUCAGUAAUCACCAUUAGAGUUUAUUUUUCUUCAUAACUGUGCGGUUUAAAAUUCAACAGUAUGAUGGAGUCAUAGGCUACUACCUUCUUUAAGUGCGGUAACAGGUUUCAUAA